AUAUCUUUUUCAUGUGUCAAAAUAUCAUUCAUGCGGCAAAAUGUCAUUGGAGCCUAGCUUCGUCCGAACAAUAUUUUCUCCUCGUGCAGCGGAUUUAUCCCGCUCAGGUACCCUGCAUGCUGGCAUAGGUUUGCUCCUCGCGUGUAUCCCUCGCCUCCGUUAACGGAACCUUGUAAUGGCACUCCAAUUUCAGUUCCCAUUCUCUCGCCAUUAUCCAGCACGCCCUUCCUCAGUAUCCAACCCGCCCCAUGUGUUCAAAUUGUUUCCGAUAGCUCAUUGCCGGCAAUUCCCGACUCGAUCCCGCCAGCGCUCCGCAUAUGUUAGACUUGGACCGAUGGACAGAGCAGCUUUAAAGCCGGUUCAGAUACAUUGCAUUAGCCAUGAAGAAGGAAGACUUGAGGGCUCUGGAAUUGUGAAGGAUAGAAGUGUUUCAGUGAUUCUUUUGGCUGGAGGCAAGGGGAAGCGGAUGGGGGUAAGUAUACCAAAGCAGUACCUUCCUAUCUUAGGGAAACCAAUUGCCCUUUAUAGUUUUUACACUUUUUCUGAGUUAAGUGAAGUGAAAGAAAUAAUUGUAGUAUGCGACCCAUUCUACAAGGAUGUAUUUGAGGAUGCCCAUGAAGAAAUACAUGUAGAUAUCAAGUUUGCACUUCCUGGAAAGGAGAGACAGGACUCUGUUUUCAAUGGUUUGCAGGAAGUUAAUGAAGGUUCAGAACUGGUAUGUAUCCAUGAUUCUGCCAGGCCACUGGUAUCAUUUGAAGAUGUAAAGAAGGUUCUGAAAGAUGGAUGGCUGAAUGGGGCAGCUGUUCUUGGUGUUCCUGUAAAGGCUACUAUAAAAGAGGCAAACAAUGAUUUAUUUGUAGUAAGAACCCUUGACCGGAGAACUCUCUGGGAAAUGCAAACUCCACAGGUUAUCAAGCCUGAUUUACUCAGAGCUGGUUUUGAGCUUGUCAACCGACAAGGUCUUGAAGUCACUGAUGACGUAUCAAUCGUGGAACACUUGAAACAUCCUGUAUAUAUAACAGAAGGUUCUUACACAAACAUUAAGGUCACAACUCCAGAUGAUCUUCUAUUCGCAGAGAGGAUACUCAACAUGGAAAAAUGAGAUGAUUCUCUUUUUAAACUUUUAGUAAAGCAGACAUGGAGAUAUACAUUUAACCAUUUUUUAAAGAGCUCUGAUGACCUAACUUUAUAUACAUGUACCUCCAUAACUGGAAGAAGGAAAAUCAUACAGUUCAUCUUGUUUAAUUUGAGGAGCUUUUCACAGCAAUCUUAUUUUUGUCUAGAUGCAUCAGAUUAAGAGACUUCCUGCAGCAUUUAUAUUAAAUCCAUGAGUUGUUGUACAAUAUUUGGAAAUGUUAAAA